AUGCCAACCAGGCUGGACGCAAAAACCAUUGCUGAGGCACAACAAGAUGAUGACGAGCUUUCCAUUCUGCAACAUAACCCAUCGCUUAAGUUUCAUCUGCUCAAUAUUGAAGGCCACGACAUAUACUGCAACAUCACGAACAACGUGGUACGACCGUACAUCCCAGCCUCCAUAAGGCGUGAGGCCUUCAAUACAAUCCACGGUCUUUCACACCCCAGCGGCAGAUCCACGGCAAAGCAACUUCGGGAACGGUUCGUCUGGCAGGGCGUCAGGAAAGAUGCACUCUUGUGGGCCAGGCAAUGCAUUCCAUGCCAACGAUCGAAAGUACAUCGCACCACACCGAGUCACAUUGACAUCCCAGAUAAUCGCUUCGAACAUAUUCACCUGGACCUCAUAGAUGUGCCAAAAAUUGGAGAUUUCCGCUACUGUUUGACAGUCAUUGACAGAUUCAGCAGAUGGCCGUCGCUAUUCCGCUCAAAAUCACGGCCGACACUAUCGCAUCAGCAUUUUAUUCACAAUGGGUUUGUCAAUUUGGCACUCCGCUCACGAUCAACACGGACAGAGGACUACAAUUUGAAUCAGCUCUCUUUUCAUCACUCUCUCGACUACUGGGAACCAAACGCAUCAGGACAACACCGUACCACCCCCAGUCUAACGGCAUGGUAG